AUGUACAAGACGGUGAGACACGGGGAGAACAGUCUGCAGUACACUAUCCUACCGCAGACAGAGGAGGUGUUAAAUAAUAGUGGUUUAAAGGGAAAGGGACGAGAUUACAGCCCUUCAAUACACGUGCGGCGAACCCGAAGAAGAUCUACGCUGAAAUAUGUUCUACUAAUAGUGUUCGGACUUGUCGUCGCACUCGCUUUGGCAUCUGUUCCACUUUAUAUUAUGAACACUGCCUUAUAUGCUCGAAGAAACCUACCAGAUCUUCAUGAGGUCAUUACUACCGCACCUCUUACUCCAGCUGGUCGCGAAAUAGUAAAAUCACGCAAAAAAGAACUGAAAAUUCUACCCGAAUUACUAUCAUCAACAGACCCCAAACUGGAUAGUACUACGUCGCGAUCAACCGUUACUUCAACUAGUGUGCCAGCAACUACAGUCCGUAAUAAAGCGAUAACGCCGCCAUGGACCAUGCCUGCUUUAAGGUCUUGGAGAGGUUUCAUUCCUUCUACGACGCUGCGACCUAUUCCGACGGAAAUUAUCGAGCAAUAUCCGCUUGUUAACACACCAUCUGGCAGUGUACGUUUGUUAGAUAAUUAUAUGUCUGUAAAACCAUGGGAGAAAGAUAUUAUAAUAAGACCAACCCUUACCCCUGACCCAAUCACAAUAGGAAACGUUUUCAAAUAUUAUUCCCGUCCGUUUGUUACUUCAGAUAAAACCGUUACAAUUAAUUCGAAGUUAUUUGAUGAUGUAUUGAUUACAACAAGAGCACCCACAACGCGGCCCCUAGUGACCACACAGUCCACGACAACACUACUGUCAGUAGAUGAAGAUGAUGAAUUUAAAGAAUCAUUAGAAGUUGACGAAGUAUUUUCACUGCCUCCAUUAAAACCAGAAUCGGCGGUUCCAAUAAGCGAUUCUGAUGAGGUGACGGUUUCAAAGGCAGGUGGUAGCGGCUGGUACGGAGCACGCUGGCCUUUCGUCGACACAUCAUCCUAUUUCCAAUGGACGGGUUAUUCUCUGGGCGACAAUCUUCUGCUGCCUUUGUUGGUAGCAGCGAUGUCAUCGAUCGUGUUGGUACUACUUCUGGCCCUCGCCGUGAGACGCAGAGCGAGGACAACUACCGGCACAGCACAAAUUGGGAAGUUAACCGCCGAUCUUCAAGAAGACGACAAUACCAAUUUAUUGCAAGCUGAAAACCCAGAGGAAGCCGAGGAGUGA